CGGUCUCAAUCGCUCAUCGACCGCCGUUCGUUUCGUUACAUGAACGCUGACGCUGUUGCAGGCAGCGGGCCGCCCUCGCACUUACAUCCCAGCGCUCGUGGCAACAACAACACUCUCGUACCUCUCGGAGUCCCCUCGGCAUUCGCCACAAACUAGACCGCAUUGAAUCGAUCUGGACUAUCCGCACGCGUCGCGAGUUCUUCUUAAAAUCGAAUCCGAAAUAGAAGAAAGUGUUAUUUUGAAUAUUUUUGCUCAACUUGCCGCAAAAUGCGGUCACCACGGAGCACCUACGGUAGCCACCUACACGGGGCUAAGUGUGUCGUGAAGUGCGCCACCUGAAGACGGCCAAAAUAGAGUCUCCCCUUAGAGUGUUUUUUCAAAAAAGAAAAGAAAUAUCUCUAAAAAGAAACCAAAAGUUACAAAGAUCGUUUGGUAAAGUGCGUGAAAGUGAAGAAUUUUUUCAAAAAACAAGAAACUACGGAACGACGGAGUACAAUCAUCAAUCCAACGCUGAAAAGCAAUGAUAUUUCUCAAGGCAUUCGGAUUUGAAAAGAAAGUAUCCUUCGAAAGUGCUUAGUCAGUUGUGCGAUUUUAAAUUUGUGAAAGAUCUUAUCAUCAUGAAGACAAAGGCGAAGAGUGAGGCGUCAGUCAUCAGCAUGUUUUCCCGCCAGUGCCUUUCCCAUCACCCCACCCAGUUGCCACCCACAUCCGCCACCCAGUCACCCAGCCACCGAUGGAAACUCAGUCUCUGGACCCUGAUGAUCCUCAGUGGGAUGAUUCUGCUCAAUGCCUCGACCACGACGGCCUUCGAUAUUGCAACGUGCAACGUGGCCCUGGGAAUGGAAUCAGGAGCCAUCACUGAUGCCCAGAUCACAGCGAGUUCGGCUCAUGACACGGGGUUCGUGGGUCCCCAGCACGCCAGACUGAAAACCGAUAAUAAUGGAGGAGCCUGGUGCCCCAAGCACAUGGUGUCGAAUGCGCUGAAGGAGUACUUGCAGGUGGACCUGCUGCAGACGCACGUGAUCACGGCCAUCAGGACCCAGGGACGCUUCGGAAAGGGUCAGGGCCAGGAGUACACCGAGGCCUAUGUGCUGGAGUACUGGCGGCCGGGCUUUGAUAAAUGGCAGCGCUGGAAGAACAUCCAGGGAAAGGAGAUCCUCCCUGGUAACAUCAACACCUACAGUGAGGUGGAGAACGCCCUGCAGCCCAUCAUCUUUGCCUCCAAGAUCAGGAUCUAUCCAUAUGGCCAAUACGAUCGCACUGUGUGCAUGCGAGCGGAGAUCGUCGGAUGUCCCUGGGAAGAGGGCAUUGUGUCGUACAGUAUACCGAAGGGCGUGCAGCGCGGCAUGGAGGUGGAUCUGUCGGAUAAGACCUACGACGGAAACGAGCAGGGCGACCGGUACGUGGACGGCAUCGGCCAACUGGUGGACGGCCAGAAGGGCAAGGACAACUUCCGGACGGACAUCCAUGGCUUCGGAAAGGGAUAUGAAUGGAUUGGCUGGCGCAACGAUACCCCCGGCCUGGUGGGCAAACCGGUUGAAAUUGUCUUUGAAUUCGAUUCGGUUCGCAAUUUCAGUGCCAUCGUGCUCCACACAAACAAUAUGUUUACCAAGGACGUUCAGGUAUUUGUUCAUGCCAAAGUAUUCUUUAGCAUCGGUGGACGCUACUUCUCCGGAGAGCCUGUACAAUUCUCGUACAUGCCCGACACCAUAAUGGAUCAUGCCCGGGAUGUGACCAUUAAGCUGCAUCAUCGUGUGGGAAAAUACUUGAAAAUAAAUUUGUACUUUGCCGUCAAAUGGAUAAUGCUAUCGGAGAUCAGCUUUAUAUCCGUGCCCGCUAUGGGAAAUUUCACGGACGAGCAGGAGCACCGCAGCAUCCCGCCCAGCCAGACGCAGGAUUCGCGGGAGUAUCCGCUGCAGAGUAACGACUAUCAGCACAAGCACGGAAAGAACAAGCCCGGCGGGGCGAAUGGAGCCGGUGACGAGGGCGGUGCUGGGCUGGCGGGAGGUGAUUCCGCCGGAAAAAGCAAAUACAACAACGGACCACAGUUAAUUGCACCACGCCCCAUCGAUCAGGAGCCGAACGACGCCAACUUCAUUGGAGUGGUCAUCGUGGUGCUGACGACAAUUAUCAUCCUCCUGGUGGCCAUCAUCCUGUUCAUCGUCUCGCGGACGAAGCGAGCCCGCGGCAGCAAUGUCCUCGACGCCUUCCAGUACAGCUUCAAUCCGAACACCCUCGGCGGCACGGCGGACAAACACCGCCCAAAUGGCAACGGCAUCAAGGCCAGUGCCGAUGACAACGAUUCGAUUGGCAAAAACAGUCUCUACCACGAGCCCUUCAAUGUCAACAUGUACACCAGCGGCGUGAAUGGCUAUGCGGCGGUUAAUGAUUUGCAGUGUAACAUGACGCCGGACUAUACAGAUGUUCCGGAAGGUGGCUACGCGGUGCCCCACAUGCAGGAUUACAUGCCCUCCUCGAAAAUGGGCGUGACGACUGGGCCGGGUGGCUACAUGAAUGUGCGGCGCACGCCACCUCCUCCACUGAGCAGCAUCUUUCCCCGACCGCCCACCGUGCCCCCGCCGCCCAUGGAGAAGUAUUACGCCACCACUGCCAUCUUCAAGCCGCUCAAGGGGCCGGGCUCGGAGCGGAGUGGCAGCAGCAACACCAACACGGUGAGCAGCGGCGGCGGCAAGAGCAGCCACAGCCACAACAGCCAGGAGCACAGCGGCAUCUAUGACGACGGCAUGGGCACCAUGAACUCCCAGUCCACCGCCCCGAUGAUCAAUCCCUACAGCAGCGGGAGCAGCUCGGCGGCCGGCGCGGCGGCAGCAGCGGAGUUCCAGCGCGCCAGGACGUACAACUUCCGCAGCUAUCCCGACAACCUUUAGUUCGAGACCUCGCU